CACAAUUGCAAUAGCAACAAGUCUUUUUCUUCGUUCCGUCUUCGUUUCAAGAAAGUGUCUCAAGACGCUGACCCACUCAUUUCGAUUGUCGCUCGUUUGAAUUUUGUCGGCCUGUCUUCUAGCUCAGGCCUCUCCAUCAAGGCAUUUGUCUUAUAUUAUAAUUAGUCUCUCUUUAAAUUCUCGCCGUUGGCGUAAGCAGGAGAACCCAUGGUGGUUUCAACGCGCUGCAGAUGUCGCCACAGCGAACGACUACUACUCGUACCAUGUCUAGCCUUCGCCGCUCUCGCAAGUACCCUGCUACAAGGAGCUAUGGCACAGACCAUGUACUCUACGCCUACUCAUCAACUUCAACAUCUCCAAGAUCCUAAUGUCAUUGUCACCAACAAAAACGGGACCGUCGUGGUUUACAGUCCACUCACUGGAAAUGAAAUUCCUCAAGGACUCGCAACCGAUGGCAGCGGUAGUGGAUUCUCACUGCCUGCUGUCUUGUGGAUUGCGUUCUCGUUCAUAGUUGGCGUUCCGCUUAUGCUGGCCGGCUUUCGUGGCUGGCGCCUCACCACCGGUGCGGCCAUAGGCCUAUCUGUGGCUGUAACAUCAUGGUCCGUUUUUGUUAAUACAUUAGACAAUGUCGGUAUUUCGGACAUUACCUUGACAGCUCUAGUUCUUGUACUAUUUUGUUUUGGUUUUAUCUUCGGGCUUUUAGAAGUGGGUCGUAUGGUAGGCAUCCUCCAGUUAGGCAUACAGGGUGGCCUUGCCAUCGGGAUACGGAUAGUAUUACUACGUAACCUCUUAUUGGUACCCGAGCCUGUUGCGUUCUUCGUUAAUUGGCUACUCAUAGCAUUUUGUGGUCUCGCGAGUGCAGUACUUGUCAUUUGGAAACAGCGAGCUGGACUGCUUCUAGGAUCGGCGUCUGUCGGCACUUUCUUGUGCGUCCUGGGGACCGACUUGGCUGUUAAUCAGCAAUCUGGCAUGAGUCGGGGCCUCAGAUAUUUGAUUGACAGAAACAGUUAUCAUGUCGUGGACACCACGAAUAAUGGGUACUUUCCGCCCACGGGCACAUUGGUUAUGAUUGCACUCUCCAUUGCGCUGACACCUGCAUUCGCAUACGCCCAACAUAGGUUCUUUAAGGGUCCUUUCUGCCCAGUUCACGAUGACGAUAUCGAGUCCCUUCAUGCAUCAAACGAGUUUCCGGCUGACGAAGAACCCAAACCAUCGGGCGAGGAAACACUGUCUAGUUCGCCAAAUUCGUCACCUGUGUCGGCUUUGUCACAAUCGAUGCCUUUGCUUAAAGAUUGUUCCUCGAUACCUGCUGCCACGGAGAAAGUACGAACGACCGAAGGCGACGCAAUCGCGAACGACAGUUAACGUUCAUCAUAGCACAUGCAUCCUUGGAUCUUAUACCCUAGCGAUUACCUAAAUACCUUAGUAGUCGCAUUUCAUUUUAUUGCAUUUUGUCGUUCUCCAUCGGAUAUCUUGGCACGCAUUAUGCAUCUGCUUCACACCCGGAUCCACAGUAGACUCCCGUUUGUUCCGGAAAGAUUACUGUUUCACUCAUCUAAA